AUGCUCCCGCACCUCGCACUCCUCUCCGCCCUCGUGGCCCUCGCCGCCGCCCACCCCGGCGGACACAAGCACGACGACCAGACCGUGCUCCAGGGCGCGCCCGAGUCGCUCUGGUUCAGGCAGUACAACCGCCUCCCCGGAGACGGCGGCACCCAGGCCGACGCCGUCUUCUCGGGCAUCACGACGUUCGGACGCCUGCCGUACAAGAACUGCCUGUCGGACCCGACGGCGCAGUACGACAUUGCGUUCAUCGGCGCGCCGUUCGACACGGGCACCUCGUACCGCCCCGGCGCGCGCUUCGGCCCCAGCGGUAUCCGCCAGGGCUCGCGCCGCCUCAACCUCUACGGCGGCUACAAUGUGCCGCUGAGCGUCAACCCGUUCAACUCGUGGGCGACCGUCAUCGACUGCGGCGACAUCCCCGUCACGUCGUAUGACAACACGUACGCGCUCAAGCAGAUCGAGGAGGGCCACUACAACCUGCUCUCCCGCCCGCCGAGCACCAACGCCUACAAGCCCGGCCCGGCGCGCGGCGGAAAGACCCUCCCGCGUAUCAUCACGCUCGGUGGUGACCACACGAUCACGCUCCCGCUGCUCCGCUCGAUCAACAAGGCGUACGGCCCCAUCAGCGUCAUCCACUUCGACUCGCACCUCGACACGUGGAAGCCCAAGGUGUUUGGCGGCUCUCCCAGCGACGUCGCGGCCGUCAACCACGGCACGUACUUCUGGCAUGCUGCCCAGGAGGGCCUCCUUUCCAACCACUCCAACAUCCACGGUGGUAUCCGCACGACGCUUUCGGGACCUAGCGACUACGAGAACGACGGCUACUGCGGCUUCGAGAUUGUCGAGGCCCGCGAGGUCGACACCAUCGGCACGCAGGGUAUUAUCAAGCGCAUUCUCGACCGUGUGGGCACCAAAAACCCUGUUUACCUGUCCAUCGACAUUGACACGCUCGACCCCGCGUUUGCGCCUGCGACGGGAACCCCCGAGACUGGCGGCUGGUCCACCCGCGAGCUGCGCACCAUCCUCCGCGGUCUCGAAGACCUCAACCUUGUCGCUGCUGACAUUGUCGAGGUUGCUCCCGCUUACGACACCAACGCCGAGCACACGACCAUGGCUGCCGCCGAUGUCCUCUACGAGGUCAUGAGCAUCAUGGUCAAGAAGGGACCGCUGAGUGACAUGGUCGGGAAGAAGUAGUAGCAUAGAGUUUUUGCUGUGGGGGUUGAAGCGAACAAGUGGAUAGAAUGCAUAAAAUCUUGA